GAACUUUAACUUUCUUCAUGAACCACGUCUACAUUCAUGGAGAGCUUUCCAAAAAGUGAGGAAGUAAAGAUAAAGUAUCCUCCAAGGAUCUCCCUUUCAACUGUCCCCCAAACUCUGAAAAUACUCAUCUAUCUCUCUCUCUCUCUCUCUCCCCCCCCCCCCCCUCUCUCUCACAAGCCAUGCAACUAGUCAUUCAAGAUUUUCAUGCAUUAUUUGCUUCAAUUUUUGUUCUUUGAAACAAAAGCUAUAUGAUUUGAAAGUUGUUCGCACCCCCACCAGGUUUUUUUUUUUUUUUUUUUUUCCAAUGCAUGCAUCUCCACGGCCAUAGCUUCGGUCCAUUUGAGGUCUUCGACAGAGCAUCCGGCAACUUACUAGCAACAUAUACAGCAUUGAAUACACCAUUGUAUAAAGAAAAUAAAGUAAAAAAUGGCGUCGGAAUUGGCCCGAGAUCAUGGAUCAGCUGUGAGCAGCGGGAGGAGGAGCCAUGGAUCAGUGAGCAGGAGAAGUUGGGCGUCCACGAGUUUUCGCGAAGUGUGGAGCAAUCAGGGGGAUGUGUUCCACCGCAGCGGGAGAGCAGACCAGGAGGACGAGGAGGAGUUGAAAUGGGCAGCGAUAGAGAGGCUUCCAACAAUUGAUAGGUUAAGAAGAGGGAUGCUUAAGCAUGUGUUGGAUAAUGGAAAUGUUGGUUAUGAAGAGAUCGACGUUACCAAUCUCGGAAGGCUGGACAAGAAGAAAAUCAUGGAGAAUAUACUCAAGAUUGCUGAACAGGAUAAUGAGAAGUUCCUUCAAAGGCUGAGAGAUAGGACUAAUAGGGUUGGGAUUGAGAUUCCGAAGGUUGAAGUUCGGUUCGAGCAUUUAUCAGUUGAAGGGGAUGCAUAUGUUGGAACCAGAGCACUUCCUACUCUGCUGAAUUCCUCCAUGAAUGCCAUAGAGGGGAUUCUUGGACUCAUUAAGCUCUUCCCGUCAAAGAAAAGAGUAGUCAAGAUACUUCGUGACGUGAGUGGAAUAGUUAAGCCAUCACGAAUGACACUACUUCUGGGACCUCCAGGAUCAGGGAAGACAACUUUCCUGCAGGCACUUGCUGGCAGGACGGAUAAGGAUCUAAGGGUAUCCGGAAGGAUCACUUACUGUGGUCAUGAAUUUUCAGAGUUUUUUCCUCAAAGAACAUGCGCGUAUAUCAGCCAGCAUAAUCUGCACAAUGGUGAGAUGACAGUAAGAGAAACGUUGGAUUUUUCAGGAAGAUGCUUAGGGGUUGGAACCAGAUACGAGCUACUGGCGGAAUUGUCCAGACGAGAAAAAGAAUCAGGAAUUACACCUGAUCCUGAGAUUGAUACGUUCAUGAAAGCCACAGCUCUGGCAGGACAAGAAACCAGUUUAUUUACGGACUAUAUUCUGAAGCUACUUGGAUUAGAUAUUUGUGCUGAUAUUUUAGUGGGUGACGAGAUGCGAAGGGGCAUAUCUGGUGGACAGAAGAAGCGUCUUACUACAGGAGAAAUGUUGGUUGGACCAGCAAAAGUUUUUUUCAUGGAUGAAAUAUCAACUGGUUUAGACAGUUCGACAACAUUCGAAAUUGUCCAGUUUAUGAGGCAGAUGGUUCAUACAAUGGAUAUCACCAUGACAAUCUCUCUUCUGCAACCUGCACCUGAAACCUUUGACCUUUUUGACGACAUUAUCUUACUUUCAGAUGGUCGGAUUGUUUACCAAGGUCCACGAGAGAAUGCACUCGAAUUUUUUGAGAGUGUAGGUUUCAAGUGUCCGGAAAGGAAAGGAGUGGCAGACUUCCUGCAGGAGGUUAUUUCCGGAAAGGACCAAGAACAAUACUGGUUUAGGCAGAAUGAAAAUUACCGAUAUAUUAGCGCAUCGGAAUUUUCAGAUUAUUUUAGAAGUUACCAAAUUGGUCAAAAUCUGUCUGAAGAACUCCGGAUUCCUUAUGAUAGAUCUAAAACUCAUGCAGCUGCAUUAGUGAAAAAAAAGUACGGAAUCUCAAACUGGGAACUCUUCAACGCGUGCUUUGCAAGAGAGUGGCUCCUGAUGAAGCGGAACUCUGCUCUAUACAUAUUCAAGACUAGUCAGCUCACAAUCAUGUCAAUAAUUGCCAUGACAAUUUUUUUGAGAACAGAAAUGAAGCACGGUCGAUUACAGGAUGGGGGGAAGUUUUAUGGUGCACUAUUUUUCAGUCUCAUAAAUGUAAUGUUCAACGGGAUGACAGAGCUAGCAAUGACUAUAUUCAGGCUUCCUGUAUUUUUUAAACAGAGAGAUGCAUUGUUACACCCGGCAUGGGCUUUUAGCUUACCAAUUUGGGUCCUCAGGAUCCCCGUAUCACUGAUUGAAUCAGGAUUAUGGAUCAUUCUUACAUAUUACACCAUCGGUUUUGCUCCUGCAGCUAGUAGGUUUUUCCGCCAACUAUUGGCAUUAUUCAGCGUGCAUCAGAUGGCCCUAUCACUCUUCCGCUUCAUUGCAGCUCUUGGCAGAACACAAAUUGUUGCAAGCACACUUGGCACCUUCACACUGCUAUUGGUUUUUGUCCUCGGCGGAUUCAUUGUUGCCAAAGAUGACAUCGAACCAUGGAUGAUAUGGGGCUACUAUAUUUCUCCUAUGAUGUAUGGGCAAAAUGCCAUAGCCAUCAAUGAAUUUCUUGACGAAAGAUGGAGUGCACCGAAUAUUGACCCGCGAAUCCCAGAACCAACAGUUGGAAAGGCUCUCCUAAAGGCCAGAGGCAUGUUUACAGAAGAGUACUGGUACUGGAUAUGCAUAGGAGCACUCCUCGGGUUUUCCCUACUUUUCAACAUCUUGUUUAUUGCAGCACUGACUUUUCUGAACCCUUUCGGAGAUUCUAAAUCUAUUAUUUUGGAGGACGAUGACAAGCAGGGAAGUAAAAAGCAGCCAAUCUUGGAUACAAUGGGAUCCACAGAAUUGAGUUCAGCAUUUACUACCCCAAUGCUUAAAGGUAUUGAUAUGGAAGUGAUGAAAUCUACAAAGCGAGGAAUGGUGCUGAAGUUUCAGCCUUUGUCACUUGCAUUUGAUCAUGUGAACUACUAUGUCGAUAUGCCUGCUGAAAUGAAACGCCAAGGAAUUGAAGAGGAUCGCCUCCAAUUGUUGCGAGAUGUUAGUGGUGCUUUUAGGCCUGGUGUUCUAACAGCAUUGGUUGGCGUCAGCGGUGCAGGAAAGACUACCUUGAUGGAUGUGCUAGCAGGAAGGAAAACUGGUGGUUAUAUUGAAGGAAGUAUCAGCAUUUCCGGUUACCCAAAGAACCAAGAAACCUUUGCUCGAGUUAGCGGUUAUUGUGAACAAAAUGAUAUCCACUCUCCAAAUGUAACUGUUUAUGAAUCUCUCGUUUACUCUGCUUGGUUGCGUCUUGCAAAGGAAAUUACGAAGGAAACACGACAGAUGUUUGUGGAGGAAGUCAUGGAUUUGGUUGAGCUAAAACCUCUGAGGAAUUCCUUAGUAGGCCUUCCUGGAAUAGAUGGUCUGUCAACAGAACAGAGAAAGAGAUUAACCGUAGCUGUAGAGUUGGUGGCGAAUCCCUCCAUAAUCUUCAUGGAUGAGCCGACAUCAGGUCUUGAUGCAAGAGCUGCUGCAAUUGUAAUGCGUACAGUGAGAAACACUGUGGAUACAGGUCGGACGCUUGUCUGCACUAUUCAUCAGCCAAGCAUAGACAUUUUUGAAGCCUUUGAUGAGCUUCUGUUGAUGAAGAGAGGUGGACAAGUGAUUUAUGCCGGACCCCUUGGCCGCUGUUCUCAAAAGCUCAUAGAAUAUUUUGAAGCUAUUCCCGGAAUUACAAAGAUCAGAGAUGGCUACAAUCCUGCAACAUGGAUGCUGGAAAUCACUUCUCCUGCAGUUGAGUCCCGACUCAAUGUGGAUUUUGGGGAUAUAUACGCGAACUCUGAACUUUAUAGGAAGAAUCAAGAACUUAUAACAGAGCUAAGCACUCCAGUCCCGGGAUCCAAAGACCUUUAUUUCCCAACCAAAUACUCUCAGUCUUUUCUUACUCAAUGCAAAGCUUGCUUCUGGAAACAACAUUGGUCAUACUGGAGGAACCCGCCAUACAACGCCAUCCGGCUCUUUCUGACUAUAAUUGUUGGUAUUAUUUUUGGACUAAUUUUCUGGAACAAAGGAGAUCAAACACAUAAGGAACAAGACCUACUAAAUCUAGUGGGAGCCAUGUAUUCUGCCGUUCUCUUCCUUGGAGCAACCAACACCGCCUCAGUGCAGCCUAUUGUGGCAGUUGAAAGAACAGUAUUUUACCGCGAAAGAGCAGCAGGGAUGUACUCUGCGCUGCCUUAUGCUUUUGCUCAGGUGGCGAUUGAAACAAUUUACGUUGCAAUCCAAACUCUGGCGUAUAGUCUCAUCCUCUUUUCAAUGAUGGGGUUCACUUGGCACGUUGACAAGUUCUUCUUGUUCUACUACUUUAUAUUGAUGUGCUUUAUCUACUUCACAUUGUACGGCAUGAUGCUUGUAGCUCUCACGCCAGGCCACCAAAUUGCGGCCAUUGUGAUGUCCUUUUUCCUGAGCUUCUGGAACCUCUUCUCUGGUUUCCUCCUCCCUAGGAUGCAAAUCCCGAUAUGGUGGCGAUGGUACUACUGGGGUUCACCGGUGGCUUGGACAAUCUACGGACUAGUGACAUCCCAAGUGGGAGACAGAACUUCAUUAGUUGAAGUUCCAGGAGAAGCUCAUAUGUCAGUGCAGAUGUACCUCAAGACAAGAUUAGGGUUUGAAUAUGACUUCCUCGGAGCCGUCGUCGUGGCUCAUAUUGGUUUCGUGCUCCUGUUCUUGUUCGUCUUUGCCUACGGUAUCAAGUGUCUCAACUUCCAAACGAGAUGAGCAAGUAUAUCGAAGUUUUUACCGCUCCAUAUUUAUUUGUUCUUGAAAAGUUGAUGAAACAGCAGUGAAAAGUUUAACUGAGAGUUGCAUUAAUACUUGAGAGAGACGCCGCAUUGCUGGGUGGUAUAUAUUAAAGCUAAGGAUUGAGUACACUACAAGGCACGAUAUCCACCAGAGACAUUCAACCAUACAAGUAAAAUAGAUUAAGACAUCCAACCAUAAAAGUUGCAUGUUUUUAUAUACGCUUUUAAGUCUCAUUUUGUCGAGAAAUUUUUAUGUGUACCCGGGACACA